GUCGCCGACAAUUUCCACCAAGAAUGAGUCUUUGGGCCCACUUUAAGAGUGGAGAGAUAACUUUUUCUUUCAUCCUGUCUGUUUUGAUAGGUAUCAGACUGGCAUCAGUUUUUGCAUGCAUUGUUCUGGCCGCAGUCGUUAGUGAUGCAUUAUAUGAACAUAUCAUCUUCAUCCAAGAUAGGAAAGCCAAAUACGACGAGAAUGUUGCAAAGCUUUGGAAAAUUACUGGUGCUUUGUUGAAGCAUAGGCAAUGUAUUUAGCGUGUCAUUCAGUCGGCCACUUGGACUGCACAAGGAAAGGAAAAGAAACGCGAAAUGGAGGGUUUGGAUUAAAUUAUAAAGCACGGUGUUUUCUUGGAAACAUCAUUAACGAUAAGCAGGAAGGUGACGAAUGCCGCAUCAUCUUGUUCGAAGAGCCGAUCGCAAAUAAAGCAAUCAAGGGGCACGUGAUCUGGAGUAAGGAGGUACCUAACGAGGGGAGUUGCCGUAUGAUGUGUUAUAUGGAGCCUAACUGUGUGUCCAUUAACGUGCGACCAUCACAAGGCGGAAAAUACAAAUGUGAAUUGAAUAACGCCACAGCUGAUGUAAUCUCCCUCGAAAACUGGGACACUGCCUACUAUCUGGCUGUUGAGAAUCCCUGUCGUAGCAACCCAUGUUAUGAUGGCAGUACCUGUCAAGUUGGAUUCACAGGGAAAGGUUUUCGCUGCAUUUGCCCCAUUGGAUUCCCAUCAAUAAAAUGCUUCAAAGCCAAAUCUUGCAGCGACGUGAAGAUGCUCGAUUCAACUGUGAAAACCGGCCCAUAUGUCAUUGACUCUGACGGUGAAGGAGAAUUGAAGCCAUUUAACGUCACGUGUAACAUGACCGACAAGGACGGUGUUGGCGUGACAGUCAUAAGUCACGAUAGCGAAAACAAAACACGAGUGGACAAAUGUAAAGACCCAGGCUGUUACUCACGCGACAUCCUCUAUACAGGAGCGAGCUUUCCUCAACUGGCGAGUCUCACCAGGGUUUCUAAGUACUGUGAACAGUUUAUAAAGUACGAUUGUAAAGCUUCAAAAAUAUUCACCUCAAAAAUAUCCUCGAAGGCCCAAAAGAAAACUUUCGCCUGGUGGAUGUCACGCGAUUUCAUCAAUAUGACCUAUUGGGACGGAGCAGAAGCUAAUAGUAAUAAGUGUGCAUGCGGGAUAAAUGGCACGUGCGUAAACAAUGAGAGAUGCAACUGUGAUACAAAUGACAAGAUAUGGCGCGAAGACAGUGGCCUCCUCACUAACAAGACGCAUUUGCCCGUCAGGCAGCUGAGGUUUGGAGAUACAAAUAAUGAUAGAGAGGAGGGUCACCAUACCUUAGGAAAGUUUAAGUGCUAUGGAAUUGCUUAGUUGUAGUGAAAAAAAAAACUGACUUUCGAACUUGCUCUUCUUCAGCUUUGAGUAUGCAGCAGGACCAAGUUGUUCGAGAUACAAUUAAUAUGGCACCUUGUAUCUAAGUUUGUGCUUUUAAUUCCUACAAACACUUGUUGAGUAAUUACCAAUAAUCAGGAUGGCAGAGGCUCGAGUCUAGAUGAAAGAAGACCGAAUUUUAUUUCGAGGAGUGUUACUGUAUCACAUACUGAAAAACAUACUUUGAUCCAGAAACAGAAUUGUUCUUCCGUAAAAUAACUUCAAUGAAACAAUUGCAAGUAACACCCUAAGGAAGCGCUAGUCACUCAGCCGCUUCUCUUGGAAGGGACUAUAUAUAAGUUUAGUUAUAUGUUACCUAAAGUAUUUGAAAGUUAGCUGUUAAUUAAAAUUAUAUAACCAAUUUGGUCAUAGCUAAAUUGAAGGUUACAUUUGCAUUGCUAAUUACUCUUGCUAUAUAUAAGUCCUAGCCGCGUUUGACUAGUCAAAUUGAAUGAAAGUUUAUAGAUGUGACAUUUCGGGGAAUUUGCCUUAUGUAACGCCUUGAUAUUUGAUAAUUUUAGUGUGAAGUAUUCAAUGAAUUAUUGCG